AAUUAACAUGGAGGGACCAAUUCCAUUUUCAUCAACUAUUUCAGAUAGUGAAGACGAAACUAAUGAUAGUUGAAUAAUAUACAUGAUAUACCUCAGUGUGCUCCUAGUUUUAUCUGUAUUAACUGUAGUGCUGACAUGAUGGUGGACUACAAAGUUCUUCUUGCUAUUCAAAACUAGGAAGAAACUCACAACUAUCUUUUUAUUCGUACUGACUCUCUCAUCUGUGGCCAGACUUGCAUAUUUCAUUACUGAAAUUAUUUGGAGGCAAGGAGAAUGAAGUAUUUCUGUGUCAAGAUGAGGUGAAGAACCUAUAUAUUGGCUAUCAGCAACCUUAUUCUCUUCUGCCAUCGUCAUAAAUAUUUUUAACUGGAUCUAUCAGACCUUGAGAAUGAAGAAGUUUAUUACUGGGGUGAGGCAAAAGCAGGUGGUCCAUCAUGUCUUAUUCGCAUGCUUCUCAGGGCUGGUCUUGUUAGCGUACUUUAUGUUUUUAUUAGGCGUUUGAGUCUUUGAUGAAGGAGACUCGGUUGUUGGAAGGAUUUUCACGCUUUUUUACGGAAUAACUUUCUUUUUCAUAGCAGUUGUGUUUAUAUUUGUUGGAUGGAAGUUUUAUAAAGAAUAUAAGAAGUUCUUUGAAGAUAGAGCUAAAAAAAUUUAAAUGCAAGAUUAUUCUUAGUAUUACAGUUAUUUCUAGUACGUUUGCGAUGAAAGGGCUUGUAAAUAUUGCAUACUUUUGGGGAGAUCUAAAUUCGCGCUUCAGAUCAGAAUGGUUAAGGACAAACACAUUAUGGUAUCCUCUUCUACUCUUCUUUUAUUUUACAAUAACAGAGAUAUUCCCAACAAUUUUUCUUUGAAUGGGAGUCAGAAGCAUUUCUCAUCAGCUUAAAAAACAGAACGAAGAAGACAAUAAAUGAAACCUUGCAAUUACAAACACAUCGAAUGGGACCUUGGCAGAGUCGUUGAACUCUGUUUCGAACAUAUCAGUUGCAAGAGAUAUUUCUCGUUCGGCUCCAUAAAAUCUUGGGUAUGGAUUCUAUUAAAAUUCAAUAAAAUCAUACUUUUCUAAAAUGACUUUCCCUCCUCUCAAUUCCAUUAUAACGCUCCUAAAACUCGG